AUGUUGACGGACAAGACCGCUUCUCAGGCUCGAGGUAGCUACAACCGUUCCCAUCAUACUCUUCUGGGUAGUCCUAAUGCCUCCUCAGCUGUUUCAUCCCCUGAUCUCCGACCCAUCAUUAUCUCGGGUCCUUCUGGUGUUGGCAAAGGCACACUGAUGCAAAUGCUCAUUGAUUCCAACCCAGGCCAGUUCUCAGCGACUGUCUCUCAUACAACACGCAAGCCACGCCCAGGAGAGAAGGAGGGGAUUGCGUACCACUUUGUUUCUCCUGCUAUCUUCUCGGAAAUGAUCACAAGGGGCCGUUUCAUUGAACACACGCUCUUCAGUGGCAAUCAUUACGGCACAAGCAAAGAUACCGUUGCUCGUCAAAAGCUGCAAGGGUCUACUGCUUUACUUGACAUAGAUGUCGAGGGCGUCAAGGCAAUCGUUGAGUCUGGAAGCCUUGAUGCACGCUGUGUGUUUAUAACACCUCCGAGUCUUAAGACUCUUGAGGAACGACUUCGUGGCCGAGAGACGGAGACUGAAGAAAGCAUACAGAGGCGCCUGGCCCGAGCCAAACAUGAACUCCAGUAUGCCGAAACUUCUGGAGUUUAUGAUAUUGUCAUCACUAAUGACGACCUUGGCAAGGCGUAUGAGCAAUUGGAAGCAUUUGCCUUUGGAAGCCACAGAUAA